ACGGCAACUAGUUCUUAAUUGUUGAUAAUGCACGAAAGCGUUGAUUCUCCCCAAACUUAUCAUACAUCAGCGAUUAUCUUAUCUUCUAAUCUGGAUAAAGAUCCGAUUUUAGCGUAAUUGUUGCAGCAGCCGUUAAGUUUCUCACGAACCGGGAAAACAUGGGUUUUUUUCUUACGAAGAAUUUGAUUUCUAAUUUAUUUGAAUCGUUACAUCGGAAAGAUGAGGAGCAUCUUAGUGGUUCUAGCUCUAACCGUCUCGGCCUUUGCGGCCAAGGACUACAGUGGAUACCAAGUUCUUCGUGUUACUCCUGGUACGGAUGAACACAGACAAUGGCUGAGGGAUAUGGAGACCAGUAUGGCCGAUGAGCUCGACUUCUGGUCUGACAUCAAGAAUAUCCCGGGUAGUACAGUGGAUAUCAUGGUACCAAAUCGACUUCGAUCCAACUUGCUAGAUCUCUUCAAUGUUAAAAGGAUGCAAGUUAGCACUAUGAUCGAGGAUGUCGGUCAACUUAUCCGUGAUCAAGAAAAGGAGAGGAUAGAACGACAGGUUUAUACUCAAGAUCUGAGCACAUUUGACUAUACAAUAUACCACGAUUACGAUGAGAUCCAACAAUGGGUUGAGGAUAUUGUUAACGAAUAUUCAACAAUCGCAACCAGCUUCGAACUCCCUAAAACAUCGUACGAAGGUAGAACUAUCUCUGGCAUUAAGAUCCGAGGAACAGGUGGGGAUUCAGGCACUCGUAAAGGGGUGUACUUUGAAGGAGGUAUCCAUGCCAGAGAAUGGAUUUCACCGGCUACACUCAUGUACAUCACAAAAUUACUCCUUGAAGACUAUAUGGCAGGUGAUGCUACAGCCCUAAGGUUCUUUGACACGUUAGACUGGUACAUUGUACCUUCUCUCAACGCUGAUGGAUACACAUAUACCAGAACAGAUGAUCGGUUAUGGCGCAAGACCCGCUCAAAUAACGACGUCACAGGUUCUGGUUGCAUGGGAACAGAUCCUAAUAGAAACUGGCCAUUUGAAUGGGGAGGUCAAGGAACCAGUGCAUACCCUUGUUCCAAUGUCUAUCACGGAUCUAAUGCUUUAAGUGAGAGUGAGGUCGAAGCCGUGGUUGAUUUUCUUCGAGACAAGAAGGACAAUGGUCAAGAUUUCUUGUGGUUUAUUGACUGGCAUAGUUAUUCCCAGCUUGUCAUUUCUCCGUGGUCUUUCUCUGCCGAAGAGCCGGAUCCAUAUAACAUCGAUCAGUUGCAAGCUGCAGGAGAAGCGAUGGCUGAAGGUAUACGCAGCUACAGCAGUGAAACUGAAUAUACAGCAGGACCAACAGCUAAGUUAUUAUAUGCUGCCGCUGGUGCAAGCAAUGAUUGGGGCUAUGCACCAUACAAUUCUGAUAAGAACCAAGGCGGCCUGGGGGCUCCUUAUUCAUACGUGAUGGAACUUCGAGACACCGGUACAUACGGUUUUCUCCUUCCAGAAGAUCAGAUUGAGGACUCGGGCAAGGAAACUGUACUCGGAGUGUACGCCAUGGGAACCUACAUCCUCGAUCAGGAAGGACUGUAGCCUGAUCAUAGUGAGGGGGGAAAGAACAAGAACAUUGUUUUGAUUCUAAGAAUGCUGGAAAAUGAAUAAGCGUCUAUCUUUGGCUCCAUUAUCAUCAUGUCAUUAAGGGGGGGGGGGCAGUCUUUGUUUUAAAUGAAAUGAGUUUAAUCUAUCCACCAACGAAUGUUAGAUUACAAAGAUAUGAAAAGAUGGAAUAGGCAACGUAAUACAAUGCAAAUACGAGAGGUAUAUAGUUUUGUCGACAUUAAGGUUUACACGAAUACAGUCAGCUCUGUCGUCAAGUCAACAUACCUCUUAUUUCAGAGGUUAUCGACUCUGGUAUGGAUUAUUAGCGUUGUUUGUGUCUUGGAGUGGUCGACAUGAAUUCUUGACUCAUCACCCGUCUUCUCACUCAUUCUGAACUGAUAUUGUCUAUUUGGAGUACUGUAAAACUUGGUUGCCAAUGAUUUUUGCUCAUUUUGCCCAUAAUGAAUAAAACUAUUUCACAUGAUACCAAAACCGUUGUAAUUCCGUUCUUGGAAUUGCCUCUAAUAAAGUUGUUUAAGAGUGAAUUUUUACAGAUUUUCAGACAAAAUUAAGAGAGGGACAGGAAGGUUGGGCAAAAGAUAUUUAUUGGGAUGAUAAUAACAACAAUGAUAAUAAUAAUUAAUAUAAUAUCAAUAAUAGUAAUUUGUAGCAUUCACAGUGCGCCUUCUUUCUAGUGUACUAUUCAGAGGCGCAAUGGGAAUUAUUACACAGAAGGUGAGGGUGUAUAUGAUGAGAAUAGAUAUGUCUUCAGGCUUUGAAUGACUCUAUAUAGACUUGACAAUGGGGAGAAAAUUAUAAUAUUUCAUAUAAUAAAAUACAAAAAAAAUAGUGAGUGGAUGAUGUCAGUCUCCUCAUUUGCAUACUGACCAGGAUGUGCAUAUAACUGUUUUGUGAAAUUAAACGAAACUUUAAAAUGUCAUAACUUUCUUAUUUUACAUCCGAUUUUGAUGAAAUUUUCAUUGUUAUGCUUGUUGGAUUUUUCUUUUUUUAUUCAAAUCAACUUUCUGUUUGGGUGGACUUGUCCUUUAAUACAUGGGUAAAACUGAAACUGCCAGACUGGAGUAUUUCACAUCUAAUUACGAUAGACAAUCUAUUUGCCGUAACCUUCCUUUCAAUCAUCACUUCCAAACAUUUGCAUUGAGAUAUUCCCAGGUAUUUAUUUUAUGUCGUAAGAUAAUGCACUUUGUUCCAACGCAAUAAUCAUCUAUUUAUUCAUUCUUCCGCAAAAAAUGGCAUAAAUAAAUAAAGAUAACUCUUGGAAACGCCAACAAUCCA